UGGCGGCGUCGCGGAAGGAGCGGCCCGGGGGGUUGACGGGCGAGGCGCUCGAGGGAGACCGCCGCCUGAGGGAUCCGGCCGGCGGGAGUGGGGGGGGGGUCGCCAGGUGCCCCGUCGGACCCCCGCGAUGAGGAAGGCCCUUCACGGAAUCCGGUGAAUGGUAGUGUCUAGAAAGGGUAUGUCCCUUCAAGAGAGAGGUGCCAAUGUCCAACCGGCCUAAUAACAAUCCAGGGGGGUCACUGCGACGUUCACAGAGGAACACUGCCGGGGCCCAACCACAAGACGACUCAAUAGGAGGAAGGUCACAUUUAGGGCAGGCAAAACAUAAGGGAUAUAGCCCUCCUGAGAGUAGAAAAUCUAAUUCUAAGGCACCCAAAGUGCAGUCUAAUACUACUUCUGAACUGUCAAGGGGACACCUUUCUAAAAGAAGCUGCAGUUCAUCAUCUGCUGUCAUAGUUCCACAACCAGAGGAUCCAGACAGAGCCAAUACUUCAGGAAGGCAAAAAACGGGGCAGGUGCCUAAGAAAGACAAUUCUCGAGGAGUGAAACGCAGUGCUAGUCCAGACUACAACAGGACCAACUCUCCUAGCUCUGCGAAAAAACCCAAAGCACUUCAGCAUAUUGAGUCUCCCUCACAAACAAAUAAGCCACAUAGUAAGUCAAAGAAGAGACAUUUAGACCAGGAGCAACAACUGAAAUCUGCACAAUCACCAUCAACAAGCAAGGCUCACACCAGAAAGAGUGGGGCCGCUGGUAGUUCACGGAGUCAGAAAAGAAAGAGGACAGAGAGUUCUUGUCUAAAGAGUGGUUCUGGGUUUGAAUCAACUGGUGCCGAAGAGAGAUCUGCAAAACCUACCAAGCUGGCUUCAAAAUCCGCCGCCUCAGCCAAAGCUGGGUGUAGCACCAUCACUGAUUCUUCCUCUGCUGCCUCGACUUCCUCAUCAUCUUCGGCUGUAGCCUCAGCAUCUUCCACCAUACCUCCAGGUGCCAGGGUGAAGCAAGGAAAAGACCAGAACAAGGCCAGACGUUCCCGUUCAGCAUCCAGUCCUAGUCCCAGAAGAAGUAGCAGGGAAAAGGAACAGAGUAAAACUGGUGGCUCUUCAAAAUUUGAUUGGGCUGCUCGUUUCAGCCCUAAAGUUAGCCUUCCUAAAACAAAACUGUCUCUUCCAGGGUCUUCUAAGUCAGAGACAUCAAAACCUGGACCUUCUGGAUUACAGGCCAAGUUAGCAAGUUUAAGAAAAUCUACCAAGAAGCGCAGUGAGUCCCCACCUGCUGAGCUCCCCAGUUUGAGGAGGAGCACACGCCAAAAGACCACGGGCUCCUGUGCUAGUACCAGUUGCUGUGGAUCUCAUUUUCAGAAUGUCCCCUACCUUUGUCGGCGAGGCUCUGGCCUGGGCAAGAGAGGAGCAGCUGAGGCUCGUCGGCAGGAGAAAAUGGCAGACCCUGAAAGCAACCAGGAGACAGUGAAUUCUUCAGCUGCCAGAACAGAUGAAGCUCCCCAAGGAGCUGCAGCCUCUAGUUCUGUUGCAGGGGCUGUUGGCAUGACUACCUCUGGGGAGAGUGAAUCGGAUGAUUCUGAGAUGGGACGAUUACAAGCUCUGUUAGAGGCCAGGGGUCUUCCUCCUCACCUGUUUGGUCCUCUUGGCCCUCGGAUGUCACAACUUUUCCAUAGAACAAUUGGAAGCGGAGCUAGUUCGAAGGCCCAGCAGCUUCUGCAAGGACUACAAGCCAGUGAUGAGAGUCAGCAGCUUCAGGCAGUCAUUGAAAUGUGUCAGCUAUUAGUCAUGGGAAAUGAGGAGACGCUGGGAGGUUUUCCAGUCAAGAGUGUUGUUCCAGCUUUGAUAACAUUACUGCAAAUGGAACAUAAUUUUGAUAUUAUGAAUCAUGCUUGCCGAGCCUUAACAUACAUGAUGGAAGCACUUCCUCGAUCAUCUGCUGUUGUAGUAGAUGCUAUUCCAGUCUUUUUAGAAAAGCUGCAAGUUAUUCAGUGCAUUGAUGUGGCAGAGCAGGCCUUGACUGCCUUGGAGAUGUUGUCACGGAGACACAGUAAAGCUAUUCUACAGGCGGGUGGUUUGGCAGACUGCUUACUAUAUCUCGAAUUCUUCAGCAUAAAUGCCCAAAGAAAUGCAUUAGCAAUUGCAGCUAAUUGUUGCCAGAGUAUCACACCAGAUGAAUUUCAUUUUGUGGCAGAUUCUCUUCCAUUGCUUACUCAAAGGUUAACUCAUCAGGACAAAAAGUCAGUUGAAAGCACUUGCCUUUGUUUUGCACGUCUAGUAGACAACUUUCAACAUGAAGAGAACUUACUACAACAGGUUGCCUCCAAAGAUCUGCUUACGAAUGUUCAACAAUUGUUAGUAGUGACUCCACCGAUCUUAAGUUCUGGGAUGUUUAUAAUGGUUGUUCGGAUGUUUUCUCUGAUGUGUUCCAACUGUCCAACACUAGCUGUUCAACUGAUGAAGCAAAGCUUUACAGACAUUGCAGAAACACUUCACUUCCUCCUAUGUGGUGCCUCCAAUGGAAGUUGUCAGGAACAGAUUGAUCUUGUUCCUAGAAGCCCUCAAGAGCUAUAUGAAUUGACAUCUUUGAUUUGUGAACUUAUGCCAUGCUUACCAAAAGAAGGCAUUUUUGCGGUUGAUACCAUGUUGAAGAAAGGAAAUGCACAAAACACAGAUGGUGCAAUAUGGCAGUGGCGUGAUGAUCGGGGCCUCUGGCAUCCUUACAACAGGAUUGACAGCCGGAUCAUUGAGGUAGCAGCCCAUCAGGUCGGUGAGGAUGAGAUAAGCUUGUCCACUCUGGGACGAGUUUAUACUAUUGAUUUUAAUUCUAUGCAGCAAAUCAAUGAGGACACAGGGACAGCACGUGCCAUUCAAAGAAAACCUAACCCCUUAGCCAAUACCAACACUAGUGGAUAUUCAGAGUUAAAGAAGGAUGAUGCUCGAGCACAGCUUAUGAAAGAAGAUCCGGAACUGGCUAAGUCUUUUAUUAAGACAUUGUUUGGUGUUCUUUAUGAAGUAUAUAGUUCCUCAGCAGGACCUGCGGUCAGACAUAAGUGCCUUAGAGCAAUUCUUAGGAUAAUUUAUUUUGCGGAUGCUGAGCUUCUGAAGGAUGUUCUGAAAAAUCAUGCUGUUUCAAGUCACAUUGCAUCCAUGCUAUCAAGCCAAGACCUGAAGAUAGUAGUUGGAGCACUUCAGAUGGCAGAAAUCUUAAUGCAGAAGUUACCUGAUAUUUUUAGUGUUUACUUCAGAAGAGAAGGUGUAAUGCAUCAAGUUAAACAUUUAGCAGAGUCAGAGUCUUUGUUGACAAGUCCACCAAAGGCAUGUACAAAUGGGUCAGGAUCCUUGGGGUCUACCACGUCAGUUAGCAGUGGGACAGCAACGGCCGCCACCAAUGCUGCAGCUGAUCUGGGAUCACCUAGCUUGCAGCACAGCAGAGAUGAUUCUCUGGACCUGAGCCCUCAAGGUCGAUUAAGUGAUGUUCUGAAGAGAAAACGACUGCCAAAACGAGGGCCACGAAGGCCAAAGUACUCACCUCCAAGAGAUGAUGACAAAGUAGACAAUCAAGCUAAAAGCCCCACCACCACUCAGUCACCUAAAUCUUCCUUCCUGGCCAGCUUGAAUCCAAAAACAUGGGGAAGGUUAAGUGCACAGUCCAAUAGCAACAACAUUGAGCCAGCACGAACUGCAGGAGUUAGUGGUCUUGCCAGGGCUGCCUCAAAGGAUACCAUAUCCAAUAACAGAGAAAAAAUUAAAGGUUGGAUUAAGGAGCAGGCACAUAAAUUUGUAGAGCGCUAUUUUAGUUCUGAGAAUAUGGAUGGAAGCAAUCCUGCAUUGAAUGUCCUUCAGAGACUUUGUGCUGCAACUGAACAACUCAACCUCCAGGUGGAUGGUGGAGCUGAGUGCCUUGUAGAAAUCCGUAGCAUAGUCUCAGAAUCAGAUGUUUCAUCAUUUGAAAUCCAGCAUAGUGGAUUUGUGAAGCAGCUGUUGCUGUAUUUGACAUCUAAAAGUGAAAAGGAUGCUGUAAGCAGAGAGAUCAGAUUAAAGCGAUUUCUUCAUGUAUUUUUUUCUUCUCCUCUUCCCGGAGAAGAGCCCAUUGGACGAGUAGAACCAGUGGGUCAUGCACCUUUGUUGGCAUUAGUUCACAAGAUGAACAACUGCCUCAGCCAGAUGGAACAGUUUCCAGUCAAAGUGCAUGAUUUCCCUAGUGGAAAUGGGACAGGAGGAAGCUUUUCUCUCAACAGAGGAUCACAGGCUUUAAAGUUUUUCAACACACAUCAGUUAAAAUGCCAAUUACAAAGACAUCCUGAUUGUGCAAAUGUGAAGCAGUGGAAGGGUGGGCCUGUCAAGAUCGACCCCUUGGCUUUGGUGCAAGCUAUCGAGAGAUACCUUGUAGUUAGAGGGUAUGGAAGAGUAAGAGAAGAUGAUGAAGACAGUGAUGAUGAUGGAUCAGAUGAGGAAAUAGAUGAAUCUCUGGCUGCUCAGUUUUUAAAUUCAGGAAAUGUGAGACACAGGCUACAGUUUUACAUUGGAGAACAUUUGCUACCAUACAAUAUGACUGUGUAUCAGGCAGUACGACAGUUCAGUGUUCAGGCUGAAGAUGAAAGAGAAUCCACAGAUGAUGAGAGCAAUCCCCUAGGAAGAGCUGGGAUUUGGACAAAGACUCAUACAAUAUGGUACAAACCCGUGAGAGAGGAUGAAGAAAGUAAUAAAGACUGUGUUGGUGGUAAAAGAGGAAGAGCUCAAACAGCUCCAACAAAAACGUCCCCCAGAAAUGCAAAAAAGCAUGAUGAGUUAUGGCAUGAUGGAGUAUGCCCAUCAGUGUCAAAUCCUUUAGAAGUUUACCUUAUUCCCACACCACCUGAAAAUAUCACCUUUGAAGACCCAUCAUUAGAUGUGAUCCUCCUUUUACGAGUUUUACAUGCUGUCAGUCGAUACUGGUAUUACUUGUAUGAUAAUGCAAUGUGCAAGGAGAUUAUUCCAACUAGUGAAUUUAUUAACAGUAAGUUGACAGCAAAAGCGAACAGGCAGCUUCAAGAUCCUUUAGUAAUCAUGACAGGAAACAUCCCAACAUGGCUUACUGAGCUAGGAAAAACCUGCCCAUUUUUCUUUCCUUUUGAUACCCGGCAAAUGCUUUUUUAUGUAACCGCAUUUGAUCGAGAUCGGGCAAUGCAAAGAUUACUUGAUACCAACCCAGAAAUCAACCAGUCUGAUUCUCAAGAUAGCAGAGUUGCACCUAGAUUGGAUAGAAAAAAACGUACUGUGAACAGAGAGGAGUUGUUGAAGCAAGCCGAAUCUGUGAUGCAGGACCUUGGCAGUUCACGAGCCAUGUUAGAAAUCCAGUACGAAAAUGAGGUUGGUACAGGUCUUGGGCCUACACUGGAGUUUUAUGCACUUGUAUCUCAGGAACUACAGAGAGCUGACUUGGGUCUCUGGAGAGGUGAAGAAGUAACUCUUAGCAAUCCAAAAGGAAGCCAAGAAGGGACCAAGUAUAUUCAAAACCUCCAGGGCCUGUUUGCGCUUCCUUUUGGUAGGACAGCUAAGCCAGCUCAUAUCGCAAAGGUUAAGAUGAAGUUUCGCUUCUUAGGAAAAUUAAUGGCUAAGGCUAUCAUGGAUUUCAGAUUGGUGGACCUUCCCCUUGGCUUACCCUUUUAUAAGUGGAUGCUACGGCAAGAAACUUCACUGACAUCACAUGAUUUAUUUGACAUCGACCCUGUUGUAGCCAGAUCAGUAUAUCACCUGGAAGACAUUGUCAGGCAGAAGAAAAGACUGGAACAAGAUAAAUCCCAGACCAAAGAGAGUCUACAGUAUGCAUUGGAAACACUUACUAUGAAUGGCUGCUCAGUUGAAGAUCUAGGAUUGGAUUUCACGCUGCCAGGCUUUCCCAACAUUGAACUGAAGAAAGGAGGGAAAGAUAUUCCAGUCACUAUCCACAAUUUAGAGGAAUACCUAAGACUGGUUAUAUUCUGGGCACUCAAUGAAGGUGUUUCUAGGCAGUUUGAUUCAUUUCGAGAUGGAUUUGAAUCUGUUUUCCCACUCAGUCAUCUUCAGUACUUUUACCCAGAGGAACUGGAUCAGCUCCUGUGUGGCAGUAAAGCAGACACUUGGGAUGCGAAGACGUUGAUGGAGUGUUGCAGGCCUGAUCAUGGCUACACUCAUGACAGUCGGGCGGUGAAGUUCUUGUUUGAGAUUCUCAGUAGUUUUGAUAAUGAGCAGCAGAGGUUGUUUCUCCAGUUUGUGACUGGUAGCCCACGACUGCCUGUUGGAGGAUUUCGGAGUCUGAACCCACCUUUGACUAUUGUCCGGAAGACAUUUGAAUCAACAGAGAACCCAGAUGAUUUCUUACCUUCUGUAAUGACUUGUGUGAACUAUCUUAAGUUGCCGGACUACUCAAGCAUUGAAAUAAUGCGUGACAAACUGUUGAUAGCAGCGAGAGAAGGGCAGCAGUCAUUCCAUCUUUCCUGAUCACAACAAGAAAUCAGUGUCUGCCUGUUACAGCAAAAGAAAAAAAAAUCAUGAUUUCUUUUCUAAAUGUAUCACCUGGGUCAAGGAAACAUGUUACGCCUUCUUGUUGUAGGAAAAAAAGACUUGCAGAUUAUAAAAGAGAUACUUGGUUGAUAUUCAUUAAUGGCCCCAUGGACUUAAAGUGAUCAGGCCCUAAAAUGUUGUUGUGAUGAGGUUUCUUUAGCAAGUUCUUGUUUAAAUUAUCAUUUAUUUGAUGAGUGAAGUUUUUAACUUGCUUUGCUGUGUGAAAUUUAAAAGGGAUGUUUUUCCAGGCUGAACAAUAAAUGUCGCUGUGCAGUUUAAUUCUGGGCUGUGUGUAUCCAUCUAGCUAAGUCUGCAGUUUUGUUUUUUCCAAAGACAACUCAUGUACAUAAAGUACAGAAAUUAAAGCUCACAUGUAUUUGACAACUGUAGUUCAGUAGAUGGGAUCUAUGCUUUUCACUUUCUUCUAAUUCUUUCUCCCUGACUCUGACUCAUUAUUGUCUGUGCAGUACACGGAGUUGUGUGUGUGUGUGUGUGUGUGUGUGUGUGUGUGUGUGUGUGUAGACAACACUCAGUUGUAAUGUUUUCACUAGCGUGGGCUUUUUUUGUUGUCCCAUGUUCUCAGAUUAAGAUAUAAUUUAAGAUUCAUUGAAUUGAAAUAUAUUGUCAAUAUAAUUCAGCCUUUGUAACUAAGUAGAUUUUCUCUUAUAGUUUAGUUUUAAUAUAGUUAAUAGUUUAUUACUGGCAUUUGCCAGGUGACACACUAGGACUGUUUACAUGGUGAUUCCAGCAGCAACAGCCUCUGGAAUGGAGGCAGGAAAGCUUAUUAGUUUGUUUUGUGUAGGUUUCGAAAGUCUAUGGCUUGGGCUGGCUAGUAUUUAUUCUACAGUCAAGAGCAUUUAAAAUGGAUGUAAAGUUUUUUUAAAAAAGCAGUUUUCAUUCCCUGUUGGGGUAAGCGUUUUUUUUCCUUCUUGUUCUUGUGUUAAAUUACUGUUCUCAGUCUUUUUUUCCAUUCUCAUCUUCUCCCAGUGUUCACUUGAGACAAACAGUUCAACCUGGGUCUCCACACAGAUAAAAGCACGUGUAAGAAAUGCUGUCCAUUUGUUUUAUGUGCUGAUUUCUCAAAUCUGCAAUAAUCUUAUCAGGUUAAUGUUUUUACCUGAAAAUAAAUAAAGUUUGCUUCACCUUUUUGUUUAUAGUUCUGUGCUGUACGCAUAACAUCUAAGUGUGUAGAUGAAUAGUUAUCUGUAAGUUAAUCGUGUUCAUGAUUCAGGUCAUGGCUGAUUUUGCUAUUUAAAUAAUUUGUCAUAGCAGCUUGAACAUAACAUAUGGAAAGAAAAUGGGAGGAGAGUCCUUCCGUCCUGGGCCUCAAAAUUAAGCCUGUUGCAUAAAUUUGAAUUUUCUAGUAUUUCAUCUCUUUGAAAAUGAAAGAUGAGUUUGUUUUUUAUUAAACUUUAAGAAAUCAAAGUUGUAGUUAGUUGACAUAGACGUCCUUUUCCCCCAUCCCAUCACCCAGAAGAAACUUCCUGGGUAGUUUUUAUUUCAAUUAUUGUCAUCUUACGCUUCAAGGCCUUAUAUGGAAACAUUCUCUGCUGUGUUUACUUGGACUAUAACCCAGUCACUGAGUGGCAAAGGACUUGCUGGAGGAAGUGGGAGCCAGAGCCUCUCCCUGUGCUUGCAGAGGCUGAGAAAUGAGCAGGUCCACUCUGAAAAUCAAGAAGGGAGCUGCGUUUCAGCUAGAGGAGCUGAACUACUUCCUUAAGUGAAAUUAAUGACCGAACUUUUCUGUUUUCACUUCUGGUAUCUUUUCACAAACAUAAGCACAAAGGCUUUUGUGUGACAACAGAAUUUUAUUCUCCCCACCUCCAGAGUUCUGUUACAAUGUUGACAUCUGUAUAAACAAAUAUUUCAUAUUAAAAAUAACUAUUUUACCCAUUUUGUGGCACUGGCAGAUUUGACCUUAUUGAUUCUACCAUUUAAUGAGUACAUAUGAAGAUUCUCAAACUCAAGUGAGCAAUUCGGUUAAUAAUUAUUUAAAAGCUUUUGGUUUUCAACUUCUUUAAUACAUGGGACUUUUGGAUAAUUAUAGUGCACUCUGUCUUGGCAGAGGCCUUAAUACUGCAUCGUAGGGGGGGAAAUACCUAUUUCCUUUGCUGUUACUCCAGUUAUGCCUUAAAUUUGUUUCACACUAUUUUCUUAAUGUAUGGUCAACACAAGGCAGUUGGGUACUGACAUUUUAUUUCCCUUUAAUUGCUAAGAUGGAGGUUUUAGUCCUAAUACUUUGUGUUAGUUAGGCAGUUAUUGAUCUGUUGUGUGCAAAGAACCUGCUAGCUACUGCACUUAGAGAAGGAAGAGGGAAUUGCAUGUAAUCUCUCGUUCUAGAAGUCAACUGUAAGUUCCUAACUACUGUAGUUGGGAGCAGAUGCCUUGGCCCCACUGGGCUCAAUUCAGCAGAAACCUUCUAAUAUAACCACUUGAACAAGAUGCAGAUUUCUCUUCCUGUGCUUGGGCAGUGGUUCCCUGUGUUGGUGAUCAGAAGUUUGUUCCAUAUGGGAAGAAGUGGUAUGCUGCAGAAAGUUCAUUCCCAUGUCUGCCUCUUGUGCUUCAUAUGUAGUACAGAAAGUGGUACAGCUGGCAUAUGUUGCCCACUUCUACUCCGUAAUUUCCCUCAAGGCAUCUUGGGCAUGAAGGGCAAAUGGAUAAACAAAGCACCAGCUUUCAUAUUCAGGAAAUAGCACCAAACUCUUGGAUUUCUACAAUAAGGAUUAUUAUGGGCAAAUUGUAAGUUUGUGAUCUUUUAUCUUGGGUUGAUAUUGGACUCCUAAAUUCUGUAGUAAGUACUAUGAGCUCAGUGAAGUGGAAUGUCACUACUAUUCCAAAGAAAAACUGGUUAAGUAAAGAUGCUGGAAGAACACCUUAAAGUGCAUUCAUAAGCCAAAUCCCUUUGGAGGGACAGAUUCUGGCAAUUACUCUCCUUUAGCAAAAAUGGCCAUCUUUUUUAAUUUGUCUCAGGCUUUGUUUCAUUGUCCCAUUGUGUUUGCCCUUUUGUAAAGAGACUGUUCCUUUAAAAUGUGAUUCUCUUAAUUAUCUGAAAUGGUGUGUAUGAGUCUACACAGUGAUAGCCUAGUUGAGAUAUUGCUGAAAGUCCUUGGUGUUACCUUAAAAAGAAAACAAAAAAUCAGACAAAACAUACCAAGAGAAAAUGAUUGGCUGUUUUCUGAGAACUACUUAGGCAAGAAAAAAUUCUUGGAGAUUCGUUCUACAUAAGUGGUAUUCUUUAAUAGGAAGAGAUGGUUUUAUUUUUUCUACAAACCUCAUUACCAAACCUAUAACUAAUUGCCGAUCUCCUGUGUAAAACAUUUUUUUCUUUGAAACAGUGAUUUAUAUGAACUGUUGGAAUAAUGGAACCUCAAAUACAAAUGUUUAUGUAAAAUUGCGUAAAUGCACUGACUUCCUUCUCCCUGACUUAUAUUUUUAAUAAACAGCAUUAUCCUUCA